AUGUCGCGUGGUACCAGCGCUGGCUUUGACCGACACAUAACAAUUUUUUCGCCGGAAGGACGGUUAUAUCAAGUUGGUGAGUCAAUUGCUUCCAAAAAAUUAUUACUAACGUGUUCAAAUAACGAUUUUUUUGGUGCUUUCCACGCGCAGAAUAUGCUUUCAAAGCAAUAAAUCAAGGCGGAUUAACAUCUAUUGGUCUUCGUGGGGCUGACUCAGCAGUAGUUGUGACUCAAAAGAAAGUCCCGGUGAGUUCUUUCUCCUAACUUACCAUCCACACUAUUGUCUGAGUAAAAUAAACGUUGUGCUGUUACUGUCAUUCAGGUUGAUUUCAUCAAUUUUAAUUUUACAGGCCGUGGAAUUAUAAACUUUCGUUUCGGCUUCGAAAUCGUUUGAUCGAGAUAGAGGAUUUAUGGUCGCUCUAAAAUGUUAAGUUUGUUUCCCUAUGAAAAAUUGUUAGAUAUUUUCCGUGACUAGUUUUUUCGAACUUGAUUUAGUUAUUUCAGAAUAAAUUUUAAUCCUUUUUUUGUAAGAAGUUAUCUCUACAUCUAGAUUGUGAAGUUUUUUACAUGGACCUACUGAACUUCCAAUGACAAUUUUGACUUGGCAACCUCGCUUAUUCUGUUAGGGGUAUCCAACAACCAUAUGCAGGUUAAAUAGACUUGAUCUAGUAUUAAAUUUUAACCAUAGGCUCACUGCAUUGGGUAAUGGAAAGUGUAGAGCUAAAGUUUUGAGUCUGUGUUUCUAAGACAGCAUACCUCCUCUAUUUUUUAAAAUGUCUUUCUGUAAGUCCAUUAUUUUACACAAUGGUUUUGUUUGCGAGGUUUCGUACUUAAUUUUUCAACUAAGCACCUUGCAUGAACAUUUUAAUUUGUAUUUUAAAGGCCUCAUGUAGUGGUAAAACUGCAAAUUUAACUUGUUGACAUAUAUAAUUAUGAAAGUAUGUUUGUUGGUUGUUGCAAACCCUGAAUUAAUUCUUGCUUUCUUGUUAUUUUGUUUUACAGGACAAACUACUGGAUGCCUCUACUGUAACUCACAUGUUUGAGUUAUCAGAGAGAAUAGGAUGUGUUAUGACUGGCCUGAUAGGUACUUUUUUUACUUUGGACUUGAAUAUCUCUCUGUUCUCAGGAACCCUGACACCAUACUGUCCAGGUUUUUCUGUAUUUUGUAUGAGAGAUUGGAGAAUUUUCACUUAACUAUAUGUUGACCUCUCUGGUGAAAUCUUAAUGGCUUGAGCUAUCUUUUAUUGAGACAUAGAGAAGAAAAAUUUUCUUGUCACUUUUCAUCAUUUUCCUGUCACUACAAUUGUUAAGAAAACCCUGUAAUACUUUAUGCACGUACAUCUCAAGAUACACUUAAACUUCCACAAUGCACCAGGAUUCUCUUGGUUGAUGAAGUCAUCCUUAUUAGUCAGUCCAGAACUAAAAGUGAUUAUGGAUUAUAGCUCUUCACAUGUAGUCUGUUAAAAAGUCCUAAGUUCCUGUGUUCUUAAGCACCUGUUAUGCAAUGAUUGAUUAUAGAAGGUAUAUUCAUAAACCACAAUUUAUAAGGACACCAAGUUGAUAAUGUGACCACAAAAUGGGAGUAAUCUACUUGGAUCUUUAGCUUAUAAUGGGUCUGGCAAUCUGACAAUAAUUAUCCUUUGGCUACUUUUAAUUCCCUGUUAUUAAUUCAUUACUGUAUUACACUUAUUUUGUUUGUAGCGGAUGCACGUUCCCAGGUUCAGAGAGCUAGAUAUGAAGCAGCCAACUGGAAAUAUAAAUACGGGUAUGAAAUUCCUGUAGACAUGCUGUGUAAGAGAAUUGCUGACAUUUCACAGGUGUACACUCAAAAUGCUGAGAUGAGACCACUUGGAUGCAGUAAGUGAGAAAUAGUUGAUUAAUUAAGCUAAUUCCCAACAGUUUCUUCUGUUUUGCUUUGUUUGGUUUUUUUUUUGUGGGCAGAGACAAUGUGGCCAAAGGCUUAGCAGGCUUGCCUUUUGGUUGAAAGGUUCUGGUUCUAGACCUGGUCUUGUCACUGUGUUGUGUUCUAGGGCAAGACAUUAAUUCCCGCUGUGCCUCUCUCCAUCAAAGAGUCUAAGUGGAUACAAGUAAACUGUCAGGGAAUUGUGACAAAAUGCUUGGGGAAGGGGGAGAGAGGUAGCCUACAAUGGACUGGCAUCCUAUCUCAGGGGAGUAGCAAUACUCCCAGCAACUUCAUGUGGUAGGAAGUGGAACAAGCUGUGGUAGGGUAGAGCCCCUUUGGCUUAAGCCCUGAAUUAAUUAUGAAAGUAGAUGAAAAUAAUUGUUUCAUUUUUGCAGGUAUGAUUUUGGUUGGUAUAGAUGAUGAAAAAGGUCCACAGUUGUACAAAACAGACCCUGCUGGAUAUUACUGUGGUUUCAAAGGUUGUAGUGUUGGUGUAAAGCAAACAGAGGCAAAUAGCUUUCUGGAAAAGAAAAUAAAGAAAAAACAUGCAUGGACACAAAGUGAAACAAUUGAGGCAAGUAUCUUGUGGUCUAUGCAAAAAGUUUCCUCAUUUGACCUAGAAAUUUGCACAAAUAUUUUCCAGUGACAGAUCAUGACUUAGGACACAUAUAAAAGCACAGUUUUGCACUAAUACAAGGCCUUUUUGUUUAUUUUCCUAAAGUCUUUUCUUCUUAAAAUAUUUUUUCCACUUAAUGAGAAAAGUACUCUGUGUCUUCUUCUGUAUCCAAUAAAAAUGUUCUCCUGUGCAAAUUGAAUCUUGAACCCAGAAUUUUAUUUCAAGUGAGGUUUGAGCCCUGGAGAAUAUCACCAGGUAUUCCACAGGAAACCUGUGGCUUAGGUCCUUAAAAACCGUGACAUGUAUCUUAUUUACAUACCCACAGACUGCCAUCAGCUGCCUGUCAUCUGUGUUAUCUGCAGACUUUAAGCCAUCUGAGAUAGAAGUUGGUAUUGUGACAACUGAUAAUCCACGUUUCAAGUAAGUGUCCCCAUGAAUUAACUCAUUGCAUCUUCCUGUACUGAGUGUGUUUCAAUUGAUCAUCUAGCCAGGCUGAUGGUUUUGAGAGAAAAUUGCAAACAUUUUUUGCUGCUUAGCCAUAUUUAUUUUUGUAUGUCUGAAAAGAAAGAACUGCAAACUCUGUUGCUACAAAGCAAAGUAAUCACUAUGACCCCUCAGAACUAAGAGAGAUUUAACAAGGAACUGAAAGUAGCAAGAAGUCGAAUAGAUGAAGUGCAGGAAAGGUACAAAGGUGACAAUCAGUUUUACUUGAUGAUCAGGUUGGUUGAAAACUUGGUGCAAGUUCUCCACAACAAUUAUAAAGUACAGUGAAGGAACACCAAAGGAAUCUCAGAUUACUUUUGAGUCUCUUUUUUUAGAAUAGCUCACUUGAUUAUUGAAUUUAAUCAGCUUUCAAGCUUGGUUUGGCUUAGUGCAAUUGACGAUUGGUCUGGAAAAUCUUGUGCCACUCUCUCUACGAAGUGAAUACAAAGCCAAACCAAAAAGCGACCUGAUAACUCAUUUUCCUGCACUUUGAAGUUGGUUACAUAUAUUUUUACUUUGAGUUGUCAUUGGCUCCUUGUGAUAUUUUCCUGUUUCCUAUUUUUUUUCUGGCUUGAACACUCAACACCCUUGUGUUUUGAAACACAUUGGGAAUAUUACUGAGUUUAAUAGCUCCAUUGUUGGUCUUACAGGAUCCUAACAGAAGCAGAAAUUGAUGUACAUUUGGUGGCCAUCGCUGAGCGAGAUUAGCUGCUGACUAGGAACAUUGCUCAACACAGGAACUGAGUGUCUAAAGAACCUGCAAAUGCUACUUGUAGACUUUCAACUCUGUUAUAACUUGCUACUUUCACUCACAAAAUAAAACAUGAUUGAAUUCUUAACUUUGUUUCCUUUUGUCAAUAAAGUGAUAGCUCUCACAUCAUUAUUUUGUAGCUGAAGUAAGAGUAUCUUAAUUGUUCUAAUUGUUUCAUCAUGUUUGUUGACAUUGAAUCAUAUUAAGCAUAUAACCGUGAGCACUCACUCCUGGUGAUUAUCUGCAAAGCUGGGGUGACAGUCUUUUGUGUUUCCGUUUGACUGGUAUUAAAUCAAGC